AUGACAUCCACCAAUAUGAGCUCCUCAGAGGGAGAAAAGGGCGACAAGCAGUCAUCGGGCAUGCUCAGCAGUGGCAGCAUUGAGCUCGGAAGACAAGAGGGAGUUGACGACGGCGAAGUCUUCAAGCAAGGUGAUGGGGUUGUCGAUUUUCGAACCGUCGGAUGGAUUCAAGCUUCCGUCAUUUUUCUCAAGGUCAUCUUCGCCACUGGUGUCUUGACCAUCCCCUCAGCCAUGUUCGUCCUCGGCGCACUACCCGGUGCGAUCAAUGUCCUCGGGUGGCAAGCACUCAACACAUACUGCGCCAUUGUGCAGGGCAACUUCCGCAAUGCGCAUGCUGGCUGCCACUCCAUCGCCGACAUGGCCAACGUGGUCGGCGGAGCGUGGCUGAAGGAGGUCGUCGGUGUCCUCUUUCUUGUCACAUACGCUAUUGUCGGCGCGUCUGGUAUCUUUGGCACAUCUGUCGCUCUCAACGUGCUCUCCGACCAUGCCAUCUGCACCAAUUGGUUUAUGCUUGUCGCGACAAUUGCGGUUCUCAUACUCGCUAGUGUCCGCAAGUUUGAGAAGAUUGCUUGGUUGACAUGGGCUGGGUUUUUGACUGUCUACAUCGCCGUUUUUAUCGUCGUUGUUGGUGUUACUACCCUCGAUCGACCGGCUGCUGCUCCCCAGACUGGAGACUACGACUUUGGUUACCAUGUCAUUGGCAACCCGACAUUUGUCACUGGUAUCACUUCAGUUGCUACAAUCUUCUGCUCCGGAGCUGGCACUUCUGCGUUCCUUCCAGUCAUCUCAGAGAUGCGCAGACCCAAGGAUUACAACAAGAGCGUUUAUCUUUGCAUGAGCAUCGUCACUGCGUCGUAUCUUACGUUCUCCCUUGUUGUUUACCGUUAUUGUGGUCAAUGGGUCGCAAGCCCCUCGCUGGGUAGUGCUGGUGACACGAUCAAAAAGGUUGCCUAUGGAAUUGGUCUCACUGGCCUUCUCGUCAGUGCCUGUCUUUAUGUCCACGUCGCAGCCAAGUACCUCUUCGUCCGACUCCUUCGUCACUCGGAGCACUUCCAGAAAAACACCGUCACUCACUGGGCAGUUUGGCUUGGCUGCACAACUUUCAUGUCAGCAGUUUCCUUUCUGAUAGCUUCCGGUAUCCCUAUCUUCAACUAUCUCCUUGCUCUGGCAGGCAGUCUCACCUUUUCGCCUCUUGCGCUUGGCUUGCCCGGGUACCUUUGGGUAUACGACCACCAGCACUACCGCCACGGAAAAUGGUGGCAGAUUGUGGUAUACUAUCUGAACUGGUUGAUGAUUGCGCUGUCCGUGUUUUUGAUGGUUGGAGGAACUUAUGGAGUCAUUCAGAAUAUCAUUGAUGCGUAUGCCAAUGGGCUUAUUGGGGGGGCGUUUUCAUGCGACAACAAUGACGUGUAG